UUAUCAAUCAGUAGUGAGUAGAGUGCACAUGGACAUCUUUCAGUAUUCAGUAUCUUUCAGUUUCAUGUAGAUAGAUGUUAAAAGUAUAAAUAAUAGAAUUGAUUUUCAUAUUCAGAAAAUUAACUGAGUUAUGAGUUGUGUGUUUCUAUAGUGUUGAAACAAUCUUCGGAAGAACUAGACAAUGGCACAAACUAGCACUACGGAUUCUCAAUUACAGAUAAAGUUUGUUACAAAACAACAGAAAUAUGCUGUUUCCGAUACCCCUUAUUAUGUUCCGAGUGACAUAACCACAGCCGGAUUGAACGAUUUAUUGAAUGAAAUAAUUUUCGAAAAUGGCAGCAGUAUUGAAAAACAAAAGAUACAAUUUGAUUUUGUUGUCAAUGAAGAACUUCUACGAUGUAAAUUGAACGAAUAUUUGACUACGAACGGAAUUUCAACUGAACGUGACAUACUAAUUGAAUACAUAGAAGCUGUGCCUUCACCAGAACCAUUAGAUUGCCUGCAACAUGACGACUGGGUGUCAGCCGUGCAUGCCUCUGAUAAAUGGAUUUUAUCUGGCUGUUACGACAAUUCGAUUCAUAUUUGGUCCAUCAAAGGUAAACAUUUGAGCAGUGCUGUUGUUCAUACCGGACCGGUGAAAGGAAUAUCAUGGAUUAAUGCCGAUUCCUCGGUAGCAACUUUUGUGAGCGUUUCUCAAGAUCAAACUGCUUUGCUUUGGGAAUGGGAUCGAGCACAAAAUGAAGUGAGAAGUACGUGUAUUUGUCGAGGACACGAACGAACAAUAAAUUGUCUCGAUGUCAGACCAUCGAAGUCAAUAUUUGCUACAGGAGGCUGGGACUCUACCCUGAAAAUCUGGUCGACGGAUUAUUCUGCACCCGUCAAUGAAGAGGAAGAAGAAAUAGCUGCUAAAAGACGUAAAUCAAAACCAGAUGCGUUAUUUACCAGGAUACCUAAAUCAACCUUGAAAGGACAUAAGGAAGCCAUAUCGGCGAUUCAAUGGACUGAUGAUGAUGAGAUUCUGUCAGCAUCGUGGGAUCACACAUUAAAAAUCUGGGAUGUCGAGUACGGCGGAAUGAAAACUGAAUUAGUUGCUAAUAAAUCUAUCUUCAAUGCUAGUUACUCGUCCCUAAACAAAUUGAUCAUAACUUGCGGUGCAGAUCGAAGUGUUCGGCUGUAUGACCCUAGAUCAAAUGAAGGAAGCAUAGUGAAGAAAACGUUCAUGUCCCACAAAGAAUGGGUACAAUGUGUGAAAUGGUCAAAUACAGAUCCAAAUUUGUUCGUUUCGGGUAGUUACGAUAAUGAUCUUAAAUUAUGGGAUAUUAGAAGCUCCAACACGCCUUUGUACGACUUACUUGGUCACGAAGAUAAAAUAAUGUGUUGCGAUUGGUCUAAAGCGAGCUUAAUCGUGUCUGGUGGUGCAGAUAGUACUGUGAGGUUAUUUUCAGUUGAGCAUUAAUUAAAUCUUAUUAUGUACCAUGAAAUUAAAUAUUCAGGAAGUUUAAA